CCCCACCUUCCCCCAUCCCGCGCGGCCAUCCCCUCCCCGCAACAUGGCAGCCCAGUCGAAAAUCCUCCCCCCCGAACGAUCUGUUCGCCAGAUCUUUUCGAGUCUAACAUCUUCCUACCUUCGUCACCGGACGAAGAUCUCCCGAGCUGUCUAUCUGACCCUCUUCGCCGCCCUCGCCAAACGAAUCCAUAAUGCUAUCUCCGAGCAGAAGGCUGCCUCCCAGCAGCAGGUCGAGCUGCGGCGCAGACCAGGGACGAGCAGCUUGGACGAAGAAGCCGAUCGCCCGCGGAAGAAAGUCGAAGUCAAUCGCGAGUUUUUCCGGAAUUUGCUCCGUCUGCUGAAGAUCGUGAUUCCUAGUUGGCGGAGUAAGGAGAUGCGGUUGCUGGUGGGACAUAGUGUCUUUCUUGUCCUGAGGACUUUGCUCAGCUUGUAUGUUGCUGAGUUGGAUGGACGGCUUGUUAGUAGCCUGGUUCGUGGCAAGGGAAAAGAUUUCUUGCUGGGGCUGGUGUGGUGGAUGAUCGUUGCUGUGCCGGCCACGUUUACAAAUUCCAUGCUCUCGUAUCACCAAUGCAAACUCGCGCUCGGCUACCGCAAGCGUCUCACCGAUUACAUCCAUGAUAAAUACCUUUCCAACAUGACCUUCUACGCCAUCUCCGCGCUGGACGACCGGGUCAAGAACCCCGACCAGCUGAUCACGGUGGACGUCUCCCGAUUUUCGGACAGCUUAGCGGAGCUGUAUUCGAACCUGGCGAAACCGAUCCUCGAUAUGUGCAUAUACAACUACUCGCUCUCGAAGAGCGUGGGCGGCGAAGGGCUGUUCAUCAUGAGCCUUUUAGUGCAGCUGUCUGCGAACGUCAUGCGUGCGCUGACGCCGCCGUUCGGGAAAUAUGUGGCCGACGAGGCCCGACUCGAAGGGGAAUUCCGCUUCCUUCAUUCGAGACUGAUCGAUUAUAGCGAGGAGAUUGCCCUGUACCAGGGCCACGACGCCGAGAAAGAUACCCUAGACAAGGGCUAUUUCACGCUGAUCAAGCAUGUUAACCGGAUUCUGCGGAGGCGCCUGUACCACGGCUUCAUGGAAGACUUUGUUAUCAAAUACUUCUGGGGUGCCCUGGGCCUGAUUCUCUGCAGCAUUCCUGUCUUCUUCAGGAUCCCUGGCCAGAUCAGCCAGACCAUGGGUGAUCGCACAGAAAGCUUCGUCACCAACCGCCGGAUGCUACUGUCCUCCUCGGACGCCUUCGGCCGACUGAUGUUCUCCUACAAGGAGAUCUCCGAGCUGGCGGGCCACACCGCGCGCGUGUCAUCCCUCCUAGAAGUCAUGGACGACCUGCUCGCCGGACGGUUCGAAAAGAAACUAGUAUCAUCCGCCUCGAUCGAAGAAAACGCAGAAAUCCUCUCCGGCCGCGGCGCAAUCGAAGAGAGCGAAUCCAUCGAAUUCACCGACGUGCCCAUCGUCUCCCCCAACGGCGACGUCCUCGUCCAGAAGCUCUCCUUCACCGUCCACCCAGGCGACCACCUCCUCAUCGUCGGGCCCAACGGCUGCGGCAAAUCAUCCCUCUUCCGCAUCCUCGGCGGCCUCUGGCCCGUCUACGGCGGCAAGGUCAAAAAGCCCCGCUUCGACGAAAUCUUCUACAUCCCCCAACGCCCUUACCUCUCCCGCGGCACCCUUCGCCAACAGGUUAUCUACCCAGACGGAGUCCGCGAGAUGCGCGCCAAGGGCAUCACCGACACAGACCUCUACGAGAUCCUCUCCAUCGUAGAGAUCGCCUCCGUCGUGGACCGCCCGGGCGGCUGGGACGCCGAGGAAGAGUGGCGCGACGUGCUCUCCGGCGGUCUCCAGCAGCGCAUCGCCAUGGCGCGCCUCUUCUACCACCGUCCCAAGUUCGCCAUCCUUGACGAGUGCACCUCCUCCGUGACGCUCGAUAUCGAGCGCGUCAUGUACGAGACUGCCAAGAAACUCGGCACGACGCUUAUGACCGUCUCGCACCGCCGCAGUCUCUGGAAGUACCAUAAGAUGAUCCUCCAGUUUGACGGCGAGGGAAGUUAUAUCUUUACGGGCUUGGAUUGGGAGAGACGGUUGAAGUUGGAAGAUGAAAAAGACGAACUCGACCUCCACCUCCGCGCCGUCCCUGAACUUCGAAGACGCGUUGAAGAACUCAGCUCUUAGCUGACAAGAAGAAAUACCCCAAUCCUCGAAUUACUUCCAGUCGAAAAUCAAUCGACGAUCGAUAUAUAUCCCCCUCACUCACACACUACCCCUUUACCACGCCAUCCAUCUAUAUACCUACAUGCCUAGUUAUCUACCAUCUACUCUCAUAGAACAUACCCAUGAUCUACGGGCGAGAUUUUUUUCUCCACCUUU